AUGACAGAGGAAGCACCCACCAAACCCUUUGAGUCUGUGUCAGCAGAUUUUUUCAGUGCAGCGGGGAAGUCUUUCCUUGUGUACGUUGACCGACUCUCAGGAUGGCCUGUGAUAGCAUGCUGUGGCACUGACACUAUAGCUGCCGCCACUAUUAGUUUCUUCAGAAGAUUCUUCCGUGACCUAGGAAUCCCUCUUCGGCUACGCACUGAUGGUGGACCUCAGUUUUCGAGCCGAGAUUUUAACGACUUUCUGUGUCGAUGGGGUGUUCGCCAUGAUACAUCCUCUCCCCAUUAUCCACAGAGUAAUGGUCAUGCAGAAGCUGCAGUGAAGGCAGUGAAACACCUAAUUAUGAAGGUCGCCCCUUCUGGUAUCCUGAAUGAAGCUUUUGACCGUGGAUUGUUGGAACUCCGUAAUACACCAAGUCAGGAUGGCCGUUCUCCUGCACAAGUUUUGUUUGGCCACCCUCUACGUUCCUGUGUUCCAGCCCACAGCUCAUCUUUUGCUCCAGAAUGGCAAGCAAAGACAGAAGAAUGUGAUCGCCGUGCAGCUAUGAGGACGCAAGCUGCUAAGGCAUUGUACAUCUCGCACGCCAGACCAUUACAGCCACUGCAGAUUGGAUCGCAAGUCCGAAUACAAGAUCCUGUCUUCAAGCGAUGGAAUAAAGUAGCUGUAGUUAUGGGACUUGGCCGGAGCCGCGACUACCUUCUCCGGACGCCUUCAGGACGAGUGCUUUGGAGAAAUCGUCGGUUCCUUCGCGUUGUGCCCAUUCCACCCCGUGCACCUGUGGAGGACUAG